AUGGCGGAAGCUCUCAUAACGACAUUGUCAAUGGAGAAUUAUCACCCUUCCACGCUUUUGUCAAUGGAUUCUGGUUCCUUAAUGCACGAUGACUUGGAGAGGGAGAUGAACCGGCCUUUGAUUCUCUCCAGGCCACCUGACAUCAACCUUCCGGUGUCAUCUGAGCCUCCUUCACCUUCUCUUCUGAAUUGGAACGACUCAUGUGACAUUUUAGAUUUGGGUCAUGCUCCUCCAAUUUAUGAAGUUGAGACAACUGUCAGUGUGCCUAAAGCUUCAAAGAAAUGUGCCAAGAGGCUCGACAGCAUUUGGGGUGCUUGGUUCUUCUUUACCUUCUAUUUCAAACCGGUUUUGAGUGAGAAGUCGAAGUCCAAGAUAGUGAAGGAUAGCAAUGGUGUCUCUGGGUAUGAGAAAACGGAUCUGCACCUUGACGCAUUCUUGGUGCAACACGAUAUGGAGAAUAUGUACAUGUGGGUUUUCAAGGAGAGGCCUGAAAAUGCUUUGGGUAAGAUGCAGUUGAGGAGUUACAUGAAUGGGCACUCGCGUCAAGGGGAGCGCCCAUUCCCAUUCAGUGUUGACAAGGGCUUUGUCCGGUCUCACAGGAUGCAGAGGAAGCAUUACAGGGGUCUUUCUAACCCACAGUGCCUUCACGGUAUUGAAGUUGUUCACACGCCAAAUCUCGUGAAUCUUGAUGAGGAAGAAAGGAAGAGGUGGGUAGAACUCACAGGCCGUGAUGUAAAUUUCUGCAUCCCUCCUGAAGCAAGUGAUUUUAGCUGUUGGAGGACCUUGCCAGCCACAGAAUUUGAGCUCGAGCGUCCCCCUCUGCCAUUGAAGAUUAAUGGGAAUUUCCAUCCAAGGAAAUUGCUUAAUGGUACUGGUUUGAAUCUUUCUACUCAGUCUACGGACCAUAGUAGUAGUAGUAGUGGUGAAGUGAUGGAUUACUCUCCGUUUUGCAAUAAUAAAAGGAAGAAGGCAUAUUCUCCUCAAGUAAAUGAGGAUGAUUGUCUCCACAAUAACAAUUCCCAUGUUGAGAGGGUAGACAUGAACAUCCAUCCAACUGAGCCAGCAUGGCUCAAUGACUUUGGCGGGGUGAUGAAAAAUGUCUACGGACCUGUUACAGCAGCGAAGACCAUAUACGAAGAUGAAGAAGCAUUCUUGAUCAUCAUCAGCUUGCCAUUUGCAGAUUUAGAAAGGGUGAAGGUCACGUGGAGGAACACCAACAGUCAUGGAAUAGUGAAAAUAUCUUGUGUAAGUACUGCUCGCAUGCCCUUUAUUAAAAGGCAUGAUAGGACAUUUAAACUAACAGAUGCAACUCCGGAGCACUGCCCGCCAGGGGAGUUCGUCAGGGAGAUUCCCCUCCCCAACUGCAUUCCUGAAGAUGCUAAGCUGGAAGCCUAUCGGGACGAGACUGGAACCAUUCUGGAGAUUAUUGUGCCGAAACAUCGGGGACCAGAGGAACAUGAAGUCCGUGUGUGUCUUCGCCCUUCUCCUUUGAGCGAGCGAUCAUUCAUCGACUUGAAGGAGGCAUAG